AUGAGCGACUCUAUCAAGUCUGAGAACCGAGGAGAAAGCUCCUCGGAAGAGCCUAUGAAGCCAAACGACCUCAACAACCAUACCCACUUGGAUGAGUCCAGCAGCGGGGAAGUGAAGAAGGAUCACGGCGAGGAGGAGAACAAAGAGAGCGAUCAAGUCGACGGCAUCGAUUCUGAACAAGACGAUACCUCACAGUGUGACGAACUUCUAGGGAACGACGAAGGCACUUCUGAGGACCCCGUCAAGCCCGCUUUCGUUCAAGAGCUUAGAGCAUGUCUCAACCGAAGUGGUUUCAAAUGGGCCUGCAUGAGCACGGAAAUUAUCACAAACACCCUCGUGGUCGAGUUCCUUGGAUGUCCUGAAGAGGACAAGGCAGAGGAUCUCAAGAGUGAGCUUCGCCUUGUUAUGAAGGGCAAAGAGCUGCCCAUCAAGUUUGUCGAGUUCCCCGCCCCGUGGAAGCACGCCUAA